AUGGUUCUUGUCAAGAAGUAUUGUCCCACGGAACCACAGGUGGAAAAAGUUGAGCCAAACAUGCAUGACAUAGACGAGGAGGAUGAAGAAGAGACUCUUUCCUUUUGUGAAUUUUCAAUCAACAGCGAUGCUGAUACGUGGGAAGACUCCUCAAGAGAAUCACAAAACACAAGCUUCAAAUCUUCCGAGGGAGACGAUUAUUUCGAGUUCUUUAGUGGAGAGUUGAGCUCGGGGAAAGCUUCGUUCUCUUAUACACCACCUGAAAACAUCAUUUUUUGUGGUAAACUCAUUUCUUUCAAACACCCCAUCUCCGAAAACCCCGAAAGAAUCGAAAAGGUCAAGCACAAAAAGCACAAGAGAAGAUGGUUUUUUAGAUGGAAAUGGAAUCUUGCUUCAUCCCUUAAAAGAAGAACUUCAAGAAGAAAGAAUGCUUCAAAUUCCACGGGUGCAAAAAAGGGUUCGUCUGGAGGCUAUAAAUCGUUGCCAGCACCUGAAGCAUCAGAUCAAGGGAACAAGGACAUAAGAAGAAAGCGCAAUAAAGAGCAGGAUUUGUCCGCUCACAAAAUGUCCUUCUUAACGUCAUCAGGGAAGUCGAAAUGGUACACGUUCUUCUUCGGAGUCACGAAAUUCAGAACGAAAAUGGAGCUGAGGGACAUGAAGAAUAGGCAGGCUCGACGACGAAGCUCAUCAUUUUCUAAGACCCGAUCGGAAAAUGAUGAUAGCAGCAAUAACCACAGUCCAUGCAUGGCAAGAAGCAACGGAUUAUGGGCCGUCCUCAGAGCAUUGAGUUGCAGUGGCGAUCCCCGCGCAACCGCCGUAGUGAAGGCGUCGAUCGGAGGCAUUGCAGAUGUGUGA